AUGAGUACAACGAUAGAAGUAAAAGGGGACGAUGUGAUAGAAGAAGAGGAAAUACAAGAUGUAUCAAGCGUGGAAAUGGAGGACCACCCUAGCGACAUGAUAAUUGUCCUCGCCGAACGCAAGCGUGUAGGCGUGCCCCAACGAUCAUCAGCCCCAACAAUAGAAGAGAGACUAGCCAUACUACAACAAGUCAAAUCCCGCAUCAAAACAAUGAUUGCCGAGGAUAUUCCCCUUUUCACAAUGGAGGGCAUUCGAGAUGUCCAUGAACAGGUACAGAAAUGUAUGGCGCAAGGCGGCAAGGGAGACAUAUUAGUGAAAGGGUUGGAUGGGAUCAUGGUUCGAUUCCAGCUUCAUAUUGGACAAACAUAUGACUGGGCGGAUUAUAUUAGUGUCAAUCCUGUCAUUGAAUAUGUCCCCAUGCAACAUCUUAUAUCAGAGAAAUGGGUCAAGCAUCGUGACCCGGAGUUGGCAUUUUGCAAUCUCGUCAUCUAUCACAGAGUGAAGCUUCUUGAGAAAGAAAGACGGGUAGUUGCUGAAGCCAGGCAUGCUGGUAAACCCAAAGAGGAGGUUGGGCGAGAUGUCGACAACUGUUUACAUGAGUGGGUGUCGAGUGAGCAAUGCAAACAACUACAGAACCUAGAUGUACUACGAAAGGAUGCAAGCCAGAUAAAGAAGAUCGUUGCGUUUGCAUGUGGAUCAAUUACACAUUGUGAUGACCGAUCGAAAGGAAGGUCAUGCUACCAGCACGGCUUGAUCAAGACGUUACGCGAAAUACUCACCCGGGCUCGACAGGAGGAUGUCAGCCUUACAAGAGAGCAAAGAGACGAACAGAUUCAAUGCUUCAUCCAAGACCCAGCCUAUACAGAUAUCGAUCGGGAGAUUCUCCAAGACGACUACGGGAUUGCUACUAUAAUUGAGAACCCAGAGGGGUUUUUGGAGGUUGAUGACUCGACGCUUGUCCUUUCGUUUUCACCGAAUGUGCCGGUGAGGCAGAUUGUAGUUGAUAUCGCGAAACCGGCGGCUAUGAUUUGGGAUAGGAUUUGGGACGAGGAUAAAGAUGUGGAAGUGACGGAUCCAGAUUCAAGUCGUGUGAGGUGUUUAAUUGACGGGUUCUAUGACCAGGUCGAGUUUCCAGAGGACAAGGCCCAUUUCGGUGAUAUUGCUAUCUAUAGACGAAGAGCAUGA